AUGAAGAUUUUUUCAAAAAUGUUUAGUGCCCAUAUGAACGAAGAAGCUUGUGGUCUGUUUCUUCAGACGAUUGAUCUGGACUCGCGUAAGAGGAAUGAGGCGGAGAGGAUUUUGAUGGAGAAGGAGAAAGAUCCGGUGUUUGUGAUGUCACUGGUGAGGGGAAGUAUGAUGGACACGAAUGUGGUAGUGAAGAAGGUGUCUUCGCUUUAUUUCAAGAAUGCAGUUAUCAAUCAGUGGAACAGCGAUGCAUAUGCACUAGCGAAGAAUGGAUUGAUUGAGGAGAUUCUUGACAUGUUUCUGUAUGGAGAUGAUGUGACGAGGGUGUCGUACAAUGCGAUUCUUGUGCAUAUUUUCAACAAGGAGAGGAGCCUUGACCGGAUUGAGGUGCUUUUUGAGAAGGCGUCGCGAUUUCUGAAGGUUCCUGAUGUGAAUCAUGUGUAUACGGCGUUGAAUAUGUACUCGAAGGUUUUUGAUGCGGAUGAGAUUAGGUCGAACAUAGAGAAUAUUUUGGAGAGGAUAUAUGGAGGAUCUGGCAGGGAUAUUCUUGAGAAGGUGCACAUGUUUUUUGAGAUAGGGGAUUAUGGGAUGCUGAAGGUUGGGCUGAAUGUGCUGGUGAAGUCGUACUGCUACUACUCGAUUCCGAAGUACUUGUCGUGCAUAGAGGCGUUUUCUUACGUGUUUGGGCUUGCAUUGCGAACGAUGGGACUGGAGAACAACGAGGCUGAGGGAGUUCUUGAAUGCAAGGAGCUGGCAGCGAAUUUUUUGUACAGGGAGUACAGCAAGGGGCUGAAGAAGUUUUAUAAGAACAACGAGCUUUCUGAGUAUGUGAAGGAUGUGAAUAGGCUUCGCGAGGUAUAUCCGAUGUUUCUGAAGGUUUUGCAGGAAAGAAGCAAGUUGAGAGAAGGGAUUGAGGUGUGUGCGGUGGAUUUUUUUACACUGCUUGUGUCUGAUACGACGUUUGGCGAGUAUGUGGAGAGGGAUAUCCCGUAUUUGGUGUUUGGAUAUAUACUGUCUGUGUAUUCACUGUCUGAAACGGAUGAAGAGGACUUUGAGAAGGAUGGAGAGAAGUACCUGCGGGAGAAGUAUGGGUACUUCCGAAGCACGCUGCGAAGCAACUUGAACGGGCUGUUCCGAGAGAUAGUGUCGAGGAUGAAGAACAAUGAUGAGAAGUUUAAUGAGAUGCUGAAGUGCCUUGUGUCUGUGCUGGACAAUUGCAAGGAGAAUCCAAGCAAGGAGAAUGUGAGGAUGGCUUAUGGAUCGUUUUUUCUGCUGGCGAGCAUCAAGAGCACUCUUAUGAAGAAGGCAAGGAAUGUGCUUGUGUAUGUGAUGAUGAACCAUGUGAUUCCUAAUCUAAGGGGGGAGUGCUUGGUGUUGAAGUCGCAAGCAUGCUAUUUUUUGUCGAUGAUUGAGGAGGACCUACCGAUUGGAAACGAGGCGAUUGGGCUGCUGGAUGAAGUGCAUGGAUUGAUGAUGUCGAACCAUCGUGUACUGUAUGUAGAGGCGACGCUUGCGAUGUCGUUUUUUAUGUCGAACGAGGUGGCGAGCGAGAAGUUUAAGCAGCUGAUACCUGUUGUGCUAGAAAGCAUACUGCGACUAUUGAAUGUGUAUGAUCUUGAGCCACUGACGAUUCUACUUGAUACGAUUACCGAGUACUAUCCUGAGGAGAUGGUGAAGUAUGCGCCCGAGCUUGUGAGGUCGAUUUCUGGGAUUGUUAUUACACACCUAUCAAGCAGUGAGGAGCUUAGCGAGGAGAAGGCGAUGCUGGUGAUGGGGUUUCUGAGGAAUAUAGAGAGCCUUAUUCUGUCGCUGGACCAUGGGUCUGCGGUUUUGGAGCAUGCAUACAUGAAUUCGUAUGAUGUUCUGUACUUUAUACUGAAUGAGGGGAAGGAGGACUUUUAUCAGGAGAUGCUUGAUAUUCUGAAUGGGUAUGUGUUUAUGAUCAAGAGGAUAGAAAGAUCGAUGUGGGGGCUGUUCCACAUGGUCCUGAAUCUUCCCAUUGAUGAUAUCGCAAUAUAUUCGUCGAAUGUUGCAGACCUGAUAGACAACUUUGUGACGUAUGGGAAGGAAAGCGUGAUGAACACAAGCAUUUUAACGGGGAUAUACUCCGUGAUAUCGAAGUUCUGCUUAUGCAAUGAGGAGAAUUUCUAUGAGGAUGAGUUUAUGGAUGGAUGCAGGAUCAUUGAGUCGAUUAUCCUGAACAUAGGCAAUGAAGUGGUGAAUGCGGAUCCGUCCAGACUGGAGUUUUUCUUGAAUGUUGCAGUUUCUGGACUAUCGAUGGUUGAUGAGGGAGGAACAGCAAUGGUUUAUCUGCUUGAGGUGGUGAUGAACAGCUUUAUAUUGCGGCCAAAAGACACCAUAAGGCUUCUUGCAGAGCAGAAGCGGCUCGAGGAGAUUCUAAGGAAUCUGUUUACACAGCGUAACAACUUUAAGAGGGUUCAUGACAAGAAGAUAUGCAUGCUAUUUAUUGGAGCAGUAUGUGGGCUGAGGGAAGGCGAGAUUCCUGAUUUGGAUGUGCAAGGAUUUAUUGGAUUUAUGAUGGCUGUUGUGACGUCGCUUCCGGCAGCAAUCAAGCUAAGGAAUCAGAUGAAGGACGAGGAGAACGAAGAGGUGGAUGAGUCGUGUGGCGAAGAAGAAGAGUAUGUUUCAAGCGAUGGAAGCUAUGGAGAUGUCUUCUUGGAAGAGGACAUAUACUUUGAGACGUCGUUAGAUCAUUUUGAGCCAUUUGGAUAUAUAUCAUCCAUACUGAGCCAACCUAUGCCUGGAUCGUAUGCAAGUAGGACUGUUCAUGAGAUGUCUGAGAAGCAGAGAAGUACGAUGUUUAGUGUUCUGAACACGGAGCGAAUUAUUCAGAAGACUUGA